AUGCGCUGGUUCCUCUAUGACGAGGCAGCCCGGACGGAUAAGGCGCUGGUCACGAAGGUGCCCUUGACUGCUGUUCAUCAAGUGAGACGGCUGCUUCAGUCUGUCAAUCCAUACCUCUCAAGCAUUCGCCACGCUCUGCAGCAGGUGCCUUCCGAGGCCACUCCGCUGGCCGUCGAGUUGAGGGAUAGUCCCGCCAGUGGGGAGAUCGCCGCGAUUAUCAACACGCAGAACCUCAACACUGUGGACUGCCGCAAAGUGGUAUUCUUUCGUCACGGCGGCCGAGCGCAGUUUGUCCACGUUCUUUCGCGGCACUAUGAGCCUCUCCAAUAUCCAUUGUUCUUUCCCCACGGAACACCCGGCUGGGGUGUUCCUGGUCUCGGUGAUGCCUCUUUGCGAGAAGGAGACGCGACGGCUACAGAGACUGGCGCACGUAUGCGUAUGCCCGAAACUUGUGGACUAUCCCAGCUGCAGUGGUGUCGAUCGAUGCUUCUAGCGGAGCCCCGAUUUCUCAUCUUCGGUCGUCUCACGUGUGAGUAUCUGGUUGAUAUGUACUCGAGGAUCGAAGAGAUGAACCUCGACUACCUGAGACGAGCGAGGUCGUUGCAAUCGUCCGGCUUUGACCCUGCCACCGACUCACUUGCGUAUGACCAUCUCCGCAAUAGGUUGCCGGCGAACUUCACCGGCUCGCGCGCGUGGACGUCCGAUCACGUUGCGGACGCCUUAGCCCUGGCCCGACGAUUCGGGAAGCCGACCUUCUUCAUCACCAUGACGACGAACCCCGGAUGGCCCGACAUAGUUUCCGCUCUGAGAUCGGGUCAGCAUUUCACAGACGCGCCUACCGUUGCUUGCCGCGCUUUUCACAUGCGGCUCCAACAUCUGAAGGCCUUCAUCAAGCGCCAUUUCGGGCGAGUUAUCUACGCCAUCACUGUGGUUGAGUUUCAGAAACGCGGCCUGCCGCACGCACACAUGCUUAUUAAAGUUUCGCCAGAGCCAACAAUCGAUGCACUCGAUGCUAUCAUUUCUGCUGAACUGCCCCGAUCUCCUGCAGACGCUGCCCUCCGUGCCUCCGUUCUCCGCACUAACAUACAUAGUCGCAAUCACUUGAACGGGCCAUCCUAUUGUAAUAGGGACGGCCGUUGCAGGUUCGGCUUUCCUCACCCUCUCUCCCGCCGAACAACUUUCGAUCCUCAAGGUCGCAUUCACUUCCGUCGUAGGGAAGAGGAAGACGCGUGGGUCGUGCCCUACAUGCCAUCCCUCAUCCUCUACAUGGACUGCCACAUUAACGUGGACGUCUGUUUAUCUGUGAACAUCUUCAUGUACCUGUUUAAGUACCUGUUCAAAGGCCCCGACCGAGCUAACUUCCGAGUGAGUGACGACAGUCCAGCGUCAGAUACGCCCGACGAGUACAAGGACUAUAUCGCCGCGAGAUAUCUUUCGUCCUCGGAAGCGGCGUAUCGCAUCUUCUCCUUCAGUAUAGUAACGAAAGAGCCCUCU